CUUGCUUGUCUUCCCUCCCCGUUUCUUGGCCUCUCCCAGGUUGAUGUUUGAUCAAAGCUGCUUUUCAAGUUUUCACAAGCCAGGAAAUGACAGGUGUCUGACUGCUUAGGUCACCUGUUAGUGUAUACCUCGUAACUUCACAAUUAGAGUGGAGAUCCGACAUUAUUCGUGUAUGGGUACAUUUUAAUUGCUGUUAGAUAACAAAUCGAAGCAAAAAUGAGUAAGAUCACCAAGAUGUUUAAAUCCUCUGGAUCCAAAAAUCGUAAAGGGCCCAGUGCCCAGGAGGCUCUAUUUAAACUCAGAGAGACAGAAGAAAUGCUUACCAAGAAGCAGGAAUAUUUGGAAAAGAAGAUCGAGCAGGAGUUAGCGACAGCUAAAAGACACGGAACAAAAAACAAGAGAGGUGAGUAACGUAUGUUAUGUGCUAUGUUAUUAUUUAUAUUUUCAAAAGAUGUAGGGGUUUAUUUACUAAACUAAUAUCAAAUUGUAAAAUUCUGGCAUAAAAUGCCCAACCUGUGACUAGACUUGAGUUGGAGAAUUUUUUCCAAAUAAUUUUAUUUUGAAUUAUUGCUUUUAAUUUGGUUUUCAAUUCACCGCCAUUCACGGUUUAAUGACUAGACGCUACGUGGUGUAUUUACUAAACAGUGAAUUGUACUACAUGGAUAGCCAAAGUGCAAAUUAUAGGCAAUAAUUGCUCCAAUUAGUUUUUUAGCUGAACUUUAAGAGUUUCUUCCUAUACAUCUGAUUUUACAUCAUAGCUGUUUUUAUUCUAAUAUAUUCCAACAACAUUUUAUAGUUUCUUAAAUUGUAUUAUUGUUAUGUUUGUUGCUGCCAUUGGCGAUUAUAUUAUUUAAAGAAAACUGAUUUUAAAAGUCAGGUUGCGGCGUGUCCUAAAACUGGUUACCGUUCUAUUUUUAGUAUAAAAGCUUUAGCUUGCUUGGCUUGUAUUGCAACAUGAUCAUUAUAUAGAUAUACAGCCAACCAGUCUUAUGAUACACGUCACAAUUGGAUCAAUAAUGAAAUGAAACAUUAUCUUCAAGGGGGUGUGAACUAUGGAAGAAUGGAUUGUAUAGAUACAUGGAAACUUAAAACCCGUGAAAGACAUUAAUAUGGAAGAGUACUCCGCGAAUGCUUGAGCAAUCUGUUCUGCUCCAGUGCAAUGCUGAUAUGAUUUAGUUUUAAUGUUUUUCUUCCAGUACUGAAAUGCCACAACACUGCAUGCAGUGGGCAUAUUAUAUGGCAAAAAUGUGCAUUUUUACAUCAACAUCUGCAAUAGUGCAAAAUGCGGUGAAUAUAUUUACUCAUACACAGAGCAGUCACAGUUUACAUUCGUUUUAUAUAGUGUUACAAGGAGACAAGAUACUGGAGAAAUAAUCCAGACGACUAAGCUACGAGAUCCAGGAAAUUGUCUUUGAAAGGUGGACAUUUUACAGGUUGUUUUUAUACGGAAGGUCAUUUUUAUAUUCCGUAGUGACGUAAGGUCUUGAUACGGUGGAGAUACAGAGCUCCAGAAUUGUCAGUUGCCAAGCCAUAUUGGCUGCCCUCAUACAACGUUGCUUGUGCUCUGUUACUUGGAAAGGGCUUAAAAAUAAACUUUUAUCCCAGGGGGCCUUUUAUCCUUUGAUUUGAGCCCCCUUUAAUUCAUACUUCUAUUAAAUAUAAAGGAGUUACGUGAACUAUUUAUACUGGCCAAUAGGCCUGGCUGUAAAGUUCUUGUAAAGAUAAAAUCCGUAGCGUUUUACCCUUCCCUUAUUAUGGAGCAAGAGAUGAUAGUCUCAGUGACCAGCUAAACACAUGUUGAUGUAAUAAAAAAGGUUUGAAAGUACAAUUGUGAUGACAUCACUUUUGCUUGUUGUCCCCGACAAUUGUUGCAAUUGUUUGGACUCAGGGACACUUUUCACCUCUUUCUGUCCAUAUGCCUCAGCCUCGUGGAUGGCUUCCUCAACUUGGUGAAUCAUGGGCUCAGUACCUGGCGACCUUCUAUUCUCAGACGAGACUUGAAUGCUACUCACAUCCUCAGUGUUGUGGUCUCAAUUGCCCGUUGUGUUACAAGAUACUACCAGAUCACCCAGCUGCUCCCUUUGUACUUGCCUUGCUGCAGUCUUGGAUUCAGACUGCUCUCCAAUGCUAUCUACCAUGGGCUGUAGCUUCCUCAUGGAAUAAGUGGUUCAGUUUAUAUUGCUCCCAGCCAAAGAUCUGUGGUAUCUCCAAUGUAGUAUGUACAGCUGGACUCAUAAAGUAGUUAUUAUUAUUAUUAUUAUUAUUAUUAUUAUUAUUAUUUUUAUAUAGCGCCAACAAAUUCCAUAGCGCUUUACAAUGGGUGGACUAACAAACAUGUAAUUGUAACCAGACAAGUUUUACACACAAACAGAGGGGUUGAGAGUCCUGCUGAAUGAGCUUACAUUCUAGUGGGAGUGGGGUAAAGUGACACAAAAGGUAAGGGAAGUAGAUUGGUAGAAUAGUAUUUAAUGAAGACUUAGCAUGGUUUUUUUUGAGCCAAUAACAGAUUAAUUGAUAUGCUUUUGUGAAAAUGAGUUUUUAAUGAUCUUUUGAAGGAGUGGAGACUGGGUAAGCGUCUAACGGAAAAGGGAAGGGAGUUCCACAGGAACGGUGUAGCCCUAGAGAAGUCUUGGAUACGAGCAUCAGAGGUAGGAGUACAAACAGAGGAUAGACGCAAGUCUUCAGCAGAGCGUAGGGUCUAGACGGGACAUACUUGUGUAUUAAGUAGGAUAGAUAGGUGGGAGCAGCAUUAUGUAGAGAUUUGAAAGCAAGAACCAGAAUUUUAUAUCUUACGAGCAUUUGUCCUCUGGGUUCGUCCUUGUGGUUUUGAAACGGAAUAUUUCCAUCUUCCCGAGGUCUGCUAUGUCACUUCUGAUCAAGUUGUGUUGAUCAAUGUGUGUUGCUAUUGUAUUGCCAGACCUUUGAUUGGAACAUUGGAACUGAGCAUUGGUUGUUUUGAGUGUUGACAGUUGCAGUCAAUUCAUUCAACACUUUCACUGUCUUCUGUAAUUUAGGCAUAAAUUACAAGCCAGUGUCGGUAACCAAUCAAUACCAUUUUGUUACAUCAAACCCUCCAUGAUACAAAUUUCACAAUUUUUUGGGGUUUUUGUUUCUGCUGGUAAUGCCUUUUGAAGUCAGAAAAUGUUCGUUUUAAAACUUGGACUUAAACAUGAUUGAAUUAUUAUGCUAGAUAGACAAGUAUUUCUAGGUAAAAAAAAAAAAAAAAAAUACUUCCAGGGGUUUUCGGUUAGAUUUCAGGUUCCAGAUAACUAAGUGCAAUAAUGCAGCAAGUAGGUGGCAGGUAUGUUUUUAACCCAUUGUGUGCUAUAUGGACUUGCAUUGUGUGUGUGUUUCUUUAAACAAGCUUUUCAGCUAUCCUGCUUGUGAGUAGUUAUGGUAUUGGUUAUAUUUAAAGGGACACUAUAGUCACCAAAACAACUUUAGCUUAAUGAAGCAGUUUUUGUGUACACAUCAUGCCACUGAAGGCUUAAUUCACUGCCCUUUAGGAGUUAAAUCACUUUGGCUUCUGUUUAUGCAGCCCUAACCACACCUCCUCUGGCUGUGACUUACAGCCUGCACGAAAUGUUUUUAAUUCAUUUUCAAUCAGAUGUAACUUAAGAGUUUUUGUCUCCUGCUCUACAAUUUGAACUCUAAUCACAUACAGAAGGCUCAUGCAGGAUCUAGUAAGCUAUUAACAGAGCAGGAGAUAAGAAAUUCUAAAUAAAAUAGAAUUUGCAAUACAUGAAGUGUAAACAUUUAUAUGAUUCUUUACAAGAAAUGUUUAGGAAGGCUGUGCAAGUCACAUGCAGGGAGGUGUGACUAGGGCUCCAUAAACAAACAGGUUUAACUCUUAAAGGACCACUCUAGGCACCCAGACCACUUCAGCUUAAUGAAGUGGUCUAGGUGCCAGGUCCUUCUAGGGUUAACCCAUUUUUUCAUAAUUAUAGCAGUUUCAGAGAAACUGCUAUAAUUAUGAAUGGGUUAAGCCUUCCCCCUAAUCCUCUAGUGGCUGUCUCAUUGACAGCCACUAGAGGCGCUUGCGUGCUUCUCACUGUGAUUUUCACAGUGAGAGCACGCAAGCGUCCAUAGGAAAGCAUUGUAAAUGCUUUCCUAUGCGUGCGCAUUCAGCCGGCGGGGCGUAACGGAGGCGGAGAGAAGAAGGAGAGCUCUCCGCCCAGCGCUGGAAAAAGGUAAGUUAUUACCCCUUUCCCCCUUCCAGGGUCCCCCCGGGCAGGAGGGGGACCCUGAGGGUGGGGGCACCCUCAGGGCACUAUAGUGCCAGGAAAACAAGUAUGUUUUCCUGGCACUAUAGUGGUCCUUUAAAUGGCAGAGGAUUGAGCAGUGAGACUGCAGGGAAAUGAUCUAUACACCAAAACUGCUUCAUUAAGCUAAAGUUGUUUUGGUGACUUUAGUGUCCCUUCAAGUUACAGUGUAAUCGAUUAGUAAGAAAUUAACAUUGAUGGUACAUAUCAUGGCAGAGGAGGUGUUUAUUUUGUGCCUGCUCAAACCAUUAUUUUGGGGUAUUGGUUAUCUGCAAGAAAAAUAGCCUUUUCAAGAUUUUGAGUUGUUGCAUUCACUUGAAUUGAGUGUUCAAUGGUUCCAUUAACGUAUUGCCAUAUCUUCUUUAGUAGUUGAUGAUUAAAUUAGAAGUAGUUUCUUGGACAGGAAUACUAACAAACUCUGCAGGCGUACAGAUUAUUGUUACAAUGGAAAAAAUAUAAAGCAUUUCAGAUAGAGAGCUGUCAGGGUGCCUGCCUCAUCCUGGUGUAAUUCCAGCACUUGAUAUAUUGCUGUGUGCCAUAUGAGCGCAAACUUUAUUGCGAGACGCUCUGCACCUUCUAGGCAUCAGCUCCACGUUCAUAAUGAUGCUGUGCAUAUUCCCACUAAUGGUGCAGACGCUAAUGUAAAUUUUUUCUCGAAGUACCCUGAGACUUGCCCCGUCUUGGUCUCUAUUAGCCAGAGAGUGUGUCCUUAUUGUGUUUUGAUAUUUUUGGCUUUCAAUUUUGUCUUGUUCUUUGACUAUUCUGUUUUCCCCAAUCCUGAUCUUAGUUUAUGUUAUUAUUCUGUUAUUCUCUAUUACUCCUGACACUGUCUUGUUACAGGACGAGAUAGAGAUAUUAACAGCCAUUAUCUUGACACAGAAAUAUUGCUCCAUGCCUUGAUGAUGGAGCCUCCACUUUCAGUCUGACACCUUUCUUCAGAACAGUAAACCCAAAGACUAAUAGGGUCUAAAUGAAUACCUCGUCCAUGCUUUGGUACACAAGGGACACUGACUUACAUAACCGCUAAAAUUUGCUUCUUAAGAUAGUUUUUAACAGAUCAUCAAUGACACAGGUUCUAUUGAUGUAUCAAUUGGCACACAUAUAAACAAUGCAUAACUGCAAAUAUUUGCACCUGAGCGUGUCACUUUUCAUACUUUCAUCUACAAUUGUUUGAAUUUGUGUGGUUCCCAUUUCCAAUCCAUGACUACAAGAGUUAAAUCUGUAAACCCCCAUAUCUGACCAGCAGUUUUAAUAACUGUUUUUUUUUUUUUUUUAAAUCUUUAUCAGUUCAUGCAUAUCAAGUGGUUACAGCAACAGGUAGGGUAUAAGCGUUUGUAGUUGUAUAGAUACUUGUUAUAAGGCAUACAAAAAUAUAUAUUGACAGUCGGUGUCAUUAUACAAACGUAUAGUGCGAUGGUAAACAUUAACAAUACUGAUUUGUUGACAUACAUUGCAGUGUAGAUUGGCGGGUUGAUCCACCUUGUCUGUGAGUUUGGUCUCCUUUUAGGGUUGGGGUCUUAUUCGUUGCCUGAUGUUGGAUAUCAGUAGUCGCACAAAUCCUGUUGUCCCUUGGCAUUUGUGUGCCCAUGGGAUUUACAUAUUAUUUACAUACUUUCAGCCUAGUCAUAUAUACCUGUAUCAGCAUGAACAUUUUUAGGAAGUGACCUAUAGGUAGGUCAGUAUAGAGAGAGAAAGAGUUGAGGGGGUAAGAUGGGGGUCGGAUGGGUUAUGGCUUCCGCUAGGGUGGGGUGGGCUGCACUCGAGGUCGUUCCCAGGAAUUUGUGAGUAGUAUUUGACACUGCGUCGAUGUGGUCGUCAGCGGUUAGUAUAGUCUUCCCAUGGUUCCCAUGUUUUGAGGAACAAUGAGUAGGUAUCUCUGAUUUUUGCUGUUGGUUUAUCCAUGAGGUGGGCCUCCUUGAUAUUGCGGAUGACCCUUUCCAUUUGUGGCAUGUCAGUUUGCAGCCAGGUUUUUGCCAUGGCUCUCCUAGCGGCCAGAUUUAUUUUGUUGAACAAUUUUUGCUCUUUAUUGGACAGGGCGUCAACAGGUCUAGCUAUUAAGAAUGUCCAGGGGUCCGGUCUUAUUGGUCUGCAUAGCACUGCUGUCAGUAGUCGGGCUACAUCCUCCCAAAAGGUCGCUACUUUAGGUCAGUUCCACCACAUAUAUGUAUAUAUGUGCCUUUCUCUCCACAGUCUCUACAGCAUGUGUCAGUAGGUGUUUUGCCCACGCGGUACAAUUUAAGUGUUUUGUAGCAUUGUUCUUGGUGUAGCAUGCAUAUGGAUGCUUUUGCUGCUGCCUCCCAUAUGUCCUGCCACUGUCCCCCAUCUAAUGUAUGUUUGUAGAUCCGUUUCCCCCUGUGUGAUAUAUGCGGGGGUGUAGACUAACUGUGUUUUAUAUAGCACUUUUACAAGGAACAGUACUUACUGUAUCAUAUGAAGCCUGUACUUAUUGAAUCAUUUUAAUUACUAGUAACAAUUUGAAUUGGAUUAUGCAAGCAUCAAUUCCUGUAAUUCCAUUAAAGUGGGUUUCUCUUUAAACAUGGAGAGUCUCACGUUAAUGAUCAAGUGAUACUUUUUAAAAACAAUGUUGAGAAGUCAUGCAAAUGGAUGUUCUAAAUAAAUUCACCCAUUGAACACAUGACAUCACUGAGCCUGUACUUUCUCACUCAUAUCAAUAAUGGCAAAUCCAGCACAUGAUGCUAAGACAUCAUUUAGGGAAGUAUAAUUCUGAAACAUCUGUUGGUUAAAAACUGGCCACGACUGAUCCAAGGUGUAAUCAGGGAUAUCGGCAAGACACCCCAGUAAAGAGUCAGAUUCUUUACAUUUUUGAGAGGGGCAAAGAUAACAUGUCCAAAAUUGUUGAAUAAACUCACUAUUAGAAGAAAUGUCGGGGUAAGAUGAGAGCACAUAUAACAUCAUUCAACAAAAUCUAAAAUGGUCUUAAUUACGUCUUUGUACGAAAUGCAUAGACCUAUUGUUCUGUUGUUGUCUUGUGUUAUACCUGCAUGUUUUAAUGGCACCUGUUUUUUUUUUUUUUUUUUGUAUGAACAAUUAUUUAGUCCCCAAGUGGUAAAUAUAUUGUCAGAUAUUUUUAUUGAAGCUGAUAGUUUCUGCUAUUUUUUUUUUGCCAUUAAUGGAGGUUACAAAGGAUUGACUACUUUUUCAUCUGUUGUCAGAGCAAGUUAAUGCUAUUACAUUGCUAAUUAUUUGAUUUAAUUUAUUCUUUAUCUUCUUAGCUGCCUUGCAAGCCUUGAAAAGGAAGAAGAGAUUAGAGAAACAGUUAACGCAGAUAGACGGAACACUGUCCACCAUUGAGUUUCAGAGGGAGGCUCUGGAAAAUUCACACACUAACACAGAAGUGUUGAAAAAUAUGGGCUAUGCAGCGAAGGCAAUGAAAACCGUCCAUCAAAACAUGUAAGUUUGUGUAAAAUUGAGUUUGGGAGAUGAAAUGGCUUCAAAUUGCAAUGUAACUUUGAAAUUAUUUGCUAACAUUGCCCCCAUAAUGAUAGAGGUUCUAAACAUCUUUACUCGGAAAACGCCAAAUGUACAGGCAUUAGACAUGUGCAAUUCGUUCCGGUCCGAAUUUCGGGUAAUUUGGACAUUCUGUUGCUUCCGAAUAGCUGAAUUGCCGAAAUUACUGAAUUUCCGAAGUGUAGUAGUGCCGAAUUGAUGAAGUGCUGAAGUUCCGAGGUGUCGAAGUUCCGAAGCACAAUAUUGCCUAAGUACUAAUAUACUGACCCAGUGAAAGAAGAAGAAUGCUACACUGUAUACAAUUUCAAAUAAAAAGUAUACAAACAUAGCCAGGAUUCAGCUGUAAGCAUUUGCAACACUUAAAACAAUCAAGUAACAUACAUUCAUAUAAAAUAUAAGUUACUUAGCCAGUCAGUGUAAUGACAGGAAUGAAUAAGUAGAUAACUCCCUAAUUCCCACGGUAUUAGGGAGCUAUCUCCUAAAAGGCUGAAAGACCUAAAUUGGUCUUUCAGCCAAAUUUACUAAUACUAAGUAAAAAUUACUUAGUAUUAGUAAAUUAUGCCCCUACUCGCUAUACCGCAAUAGGGGCAUGUCUAUUAAACAGUGAGCAGCCACAGGCUGGUGGAUUAAGUAACCAAUCAGAGAGUUAUGAGUCAAAUUACACAGAGUGGGAAAAUUCCAAAGAACUUUCCCACGCUGUGUAAAAUGACACCAAGCACUCUGAUUGGUGGAUUUUAAACCAACCAAUCAGAGUGCUGUGACAGGUAAAUGUAGAGACUUACCUGUCAGUCUCUUCAUUUACCUGUCAGAGCACUCUGAUUGAAUGGCUUAAACUCACCAAUCAGAGUGCUCUGAGCCUAAUUGCAGUUCGAGGCAAGGCUUUAUAAGCCUUCCCCCGCCCUGCAGAGCUCAGUCUGUGCGGAGCCCUCCAUGGUUGAAGAUUUUUUUUUUUUUUUUUUUUAAAUUGCGUCAGUUGUUAUGGAUUUUUAUUUUGCCUUUUUUUGGGGCUGAAAAAAUAAGAUCUUAGAGGAAAGAAAACAUUGAAUAGUAAGUUUAUUUCUAUUUUUACAGGUACUUAGUUAAAUGUCCCCCUCAUUAUUUUUAGGGUGAGGGGGGGUAGGUAGGAGAUUAAUUUUUUGGGGGAGGGGGUGACUAGGGGUUUGGGGACCUCUAGUCACCUGGGGGGAGGGGGGUUAAAUUUGAAUUUAGGGCCCCCACCCGCCGCUCAGGGGUGGGGGUCAGGGGGAGGACAUUAGGUCCCUCCCUUAUUCUUGUUAAGGGCCCCCACCCACCGCUCAGGGGUGGGGGCCAGGGGGAGAACAUUUUUAUUUAGGGCCCCUGGGACCUUGUUGCUGCUCACUGCUCAGGGACCUUGUUGCUGCUCACUGUUUAAUAGACAAAAUGUACUAGUACUAAGUAAUUUUUUUAAUUGGUCUUUCAGCCUUUUGGUAGAUAACUCCCUAAUACUGUGGGCAUUAAGGAGUUAUCUACAAAGCGGCUGCAAGAAAAGUGCUGAAGUUGCCGAAGUGUUCAAGUGCCUAAGUUUCGAAGUGCUGAAUUUCGGAAUGCCGAACCGAGCUGAAUAUUUUCCCCAUGCACAUGCCUAACAGGCAUUUUAUGACUUCUAAAACUGGCAUUGGUUGGCCAAGUUGAAAUAAUUAAGAGUGUGAUGUUGGUUCUGUGAACAUACUUUUAAAACUGUCGCUCAAGGUUCAAGUUUUUUAACCAUGUGACAUGUCAUGAUUGCCUUUUAUUCCAGAAGUUUGGUCCUUAAGGGGUUAAAGGAACCCUAUAAUGUUAGGAAUACAAGCAUGGCUAUAUGGUCCGUCUUAAGUAUAUAUUAGUGGGCCCACCUGCAAGGGUUUAAAAUAGCUUUGUAUUUACCUUAUGGUCCCGCAUCUUUGGCUAAAAUCAUCUAUGUUGAUGAUCUGAGAAAAUCCAAUGUCUUCGCAUUGGAAAGCUUAUGCAUUGAAUCAGUGCAUCUCUACGGGAAGCAUUUAGUAUCUCCAUGCAGAGUGUGGAGACACUGAAUGUAGGUCUUGCAAACAUUGCAGGGACUCACCCAGGGUCCCCAUCAGGGGGUGACAACCUUAACGGUUGUCACGGGCCCGGCGGCCCUGGGGGGCCUGGCUGCCCGGGCUCCACGUGGAGCGGCGAAACUGCCGCAGGUGCAUCUGCACCGGGGCCCAUCAGGUGGCCCAAGCAUUUAGGGCCACCCAAUGGGCCCUAUAUCUUUAGGGGCCCGGUCAGUGCUGCGGCCGUGUAAUUGCGCGAUCGGGCCCAUUUAAAAAAAAAAUAAAAAAAUUGCAGCUACACAGCAAGUGCUGCUGGGAGGAAGUGACGGCUGGUCACUUCGUCCCAGCUUACUCCGCGUGGGGGGAGAAGGAGAGGAGAGGACACCAGAGGCAUCCACUCCCAUCAUCCCCAGCCACCCUCCUGCAACUUAAAGGUAAGAGGAGGGUGUCUGAUAAAUGAAGUGUGUGUGUGUGUGUGUGUGUGUGUGUGUAUAUGUAUGUGUCUGCAUGUAUGUGUCUCUGUGUGUGUUUAUGUCUGUAUAUAUGUCUGUGUGUACGUCAGUAUGUACGUCAGUGUGUAUGUCAGUAUGUCUGUGUGUGUCAGUAUGUAUAUAUGUCCGUAUGCGUGUAUGUCAGUAUGCAUGUAUGUCUGUGUAUGUAUGUCUGUGUGUGUGUAUGUAUCUCAGUAUGUAUGUCUGUGUGUAUGUGUGUGUAUGUAUGUCAGUAUGUAUAUAUGUCUGUGUAUGUAUGUCAGUAUGCAUGUAUGUGUCUAUCUGUGUGUGUGUAUGUCAGUAUGUAUAUAUGCCUGUGUCUGUUUUUCAGUAUGUAUGUCUGUGUAUGUGUCUGCAAGUAUGUAUGUCUGUGUGUAUGUCAGUAUGCAUGUAUGUCAGUAUGUAUGUCUCUGUGUGUAUGUCAGUAUGUAUAUAUGUCUGUGUGUGUCAGUAUGUCUGUGUGUGUGUAUGUCAGUAUGUAUAUAUGUCUGUGUGUGUGUGUGUCAGUAUGUCUGUGUGUGUGUGUGUGUGUGUCAGUAUGUAUAUAUGUGUCUGUGUGUAUGUCAGUAUGCAUGUAUGUAUGUCAGUAUGUAUGUCUCUGUGUGUAUGUAUAUAUGUGUGUGUGUGUGUGUGUGUAUGUCAGUAUGUAUGUGUGUAUGUAUAUAUCUAGCUGUCAGUAUGCAUGUAUGUCUGUGUGUGUGUGUGUGUAUGUCAGUAUGUCUGUAUGUAUCUGUGUAUGUAUCUAUCUGUGUGUGUGUUUGUAUGUAUAUUGUAAAGCGCUGCGGAAUUUGACGGCGCUUUAUAAAUAUCAUCAUAAUAAUAAUAUCAGUAUGCCAUUAUGUAUGUAUUUAUUUGUAUGUAUGUCUGUUUGUCAGUAUGUAUAUCUGUAUGUAUGUGUGUGAGUAUGUAUGUACGUCAGUGUAUCUGUGUAUGUGUAUGUCUGUUUCAGUAUUUGUGUCUGUUUAGUAUGUGCGUAUCUUUCUGUGUCUGUGUCCUUUUGUGUCUGUGUGUGUGUGUGUAUUCCUGUGGGCGGGAUUUGGAGGCGGGGCUUGGAGGCAGGCACCCGGGGGCCCAGACCUUGAGCUGUGUUAGGGGCCCAACAAUUUCUGAUGGCGGCCCUGGACUCACCCAGAUAGCACCAUUAGUGAUUGCCACUAGAAGUGUUACUAGGCAGCAAUGUAAACACUGCCUUUCCUCUGAAAAGGUAGUUAUUACAUUGCUGAGUCUGCAUGGACAUGCUUAUAGACACCAGACCCAUUAAAUUAAGCUCUGUCGACUAUAGUGUCCCUCUAAGCCAUGUUUGGCUUGCGGAAUGUAUGGGCUGUGUGGCCAUAAUACCUAUCUUUUACGCAUGUCAAUAGCUUUCUGACAUUCAGGACUGAAUUUUUGGGGCCCUCUUCCAAUACUGCUCCCAAGGCUCACAAAUGCCUCAAGAACAUUUAGCUAGAUCACAUGCACUGUAUCACUCUGAUCUAUACUUCUACUGACUCCUUCACAGAAUGCAGUUAAUUUAGUUUGACGUGAUUGCAUGAUGAACUUUCAUGAAAAAAUGUUGAAUGGAUUCCUACUAAUAACAGUGUUGUUCAAAAUGUAUUCCCGAAUAUUAUACCUUAAAGUGAACCGGUCAGGGCUGGUUUAUUUUAACAGAUAACCACUCCUAUGGCAAUCAAUUUAAUUUAUCCUAGUGAUACAUAGAUAUUAAGUUGCUUUGGGAGGUGACUUAAUAUUGCUCCAUUACUGCCACCCUGUGGUUUUCAUGGGUGUUACAGGAAUGUACCCUCUGUUGUUACUCCAUCUCUGCAGUACAUUAACCCUGCUUAGGACCACUUCUCCAAGAAGGUCACUUACAACUGCUGGUGCCAACAUUUACUACCAGCACAUUACUGUCAUAGAGUAAAAUUCUCCCUAAUCCCCCCCACGAAGCAUGAGAAAUGAGCUGUCACUUAAACCAUGCCAUUAGAUCCUCUGUGCUGAAGGCAUGACGAUCUAAUGCUGCAGAUUGAUUGACAGAUAAAGAAAGGGCCAAUAUUUAAGAGCUUUAAAUUAUAAGCUAUACAUUUGUUAGUAUUUCUGCUUGCAGAAUGUAUAGAUGGAAUUCAUUGCUUGCGGUUCAAUAUAUUCUGGGGCAAACAGUUGAAUGCUUUUAAAUAAAUAACGAUUACAGUGUUUCUUCAGCAAGUAGCUGGACUAUGGACUGUAAUACGAGCUGUCGUCUGCACAUUACUAAUCUCAAUUGUUUGAGUGUUUCUGGCGUGUGAAAGUGUAUCAGUAGCCAAGUAAUAUAUAUAUAUAUAUAUAUAUAUAUUUCCCUUUUGGGAGAUUAUUUUGUACUGUGCAGGUAUGUAAUUAGCUAAGGACUAAAAUAAAACAUCUAGAGAGAAUACAUUUGUAAUAAAAAUGUAAUUUAAAGUUCUAGAGGAAAAAUCCAGAGAAUUUUACAUAAUAAGGUGGAUUAAUGAAAUAGUAAUUAAAGGAACACUAUAGUGGCAGGAAUACAAAUGUGUAUUUGUGACACUAUAGCUGUAAAAUGUAGUUUAGAUUCCUGGUCCUCUUUGGCGUUCUUUAAAAAGGUGGUGUGCUCGCCUUUUUCCUAUGCUGCGCCGGUGAUGUUGCGGUUUGCCUAGUCCCCGCACCGCCUCCUUGUCUGAGACAUCAAAAUUUGCGAUUUCAGCUAAUCCAAUGCUUUCUUAUAGGAAAGCAUUGGGAGGCUAUUGUGCAUGUGCGUCAAAACACAGCGCUGUGCAAAUCAACAUCUCCUCAUUGAAUCAAUGCAUCUUAAUGAGUAGCGCUCAGCGUCUCCAUGUAGAGUGUAAAGACGCUGAACGUCAGUGCCCAGGAAGCACCUCUAGUGGCCAUCUGAGUGACUACCACUAGAGGUGUUACUAGGCAGUAUUGUAAAAACUGCCUUUUCUCUGAAAAGGCAUUGUUUACAUUAAAAAGCCUGCAGGGACUGUCUAUACACACCAGAACAACAAUUUUAAGCUGUAGUUGUUCUGGUGAUUGUAGUGGCCCUUUAAAUAUAGGUGGCAGGGGCAUGUUGGAAGCUUUAUGUCAAGGGCAGGAUAUAUAACUGGCAGGGUGUAUUUUUUGGCAUAAGAACAAUUGUAUCCUAAAUCAAAAGUGGCAUAUAAUAUAUAGUCUAAAUUCUGGGUCUCAAACAUAAACUUGCUAUUCAUAUGUAUCUAGGCUGUGUGUGCAGUGGUAGCACAAGAGUUCCUUCACUUAUACUGCCACUAAGCUUGACUGCUAGGUGGGAGUGUUCAUGCAACAUGGUAGUGCUGAUACACUGAAGUUCACGAUUGUCAAACUCCGCCCUCUUAAAUAGUGUUGGACAUAAUUCAUAAUUUUGAGAGUUGUAGUAAUCCACAUGGGGGCGUAGUUUGACAACCCUGCUGUAAUUGCUAAGCGAAGCAGGGUCUCACACACUGCAUGAGGUUCUCUCAAUGGUGGUGUUGGUAUACUAGUUAUGUUAUACUCCAGAGCUGUCUUCCUGAAGGUCUUGCGCCACAGCGAGACUCAAGAGAGCUACGAUCGUGAGGACUGAGUGAGAAAAUGCAUAAUUAUCUCCUUCACCAGUAGGCUGCCAGGGAUGAGCCGCUCUUGACAUAAGGUUUGAUAGGAAAGCUGGUGGGGUCUCAUAUAAUGUAAACGAAAUUAACAGAUUGUAUUUAAUAAGUUUAUGUAAAGGUUAAGAUAAGAAUGGAUGUAUAAUCCAUAGCAGAAGUCUGGGAGGAGAGAAAAUAUCGCAGAUAUUAAAAAAGGUCCUGCUAACCUCUUCUAGUUCAAAUAGUCAUUUUAUUGGGUGACACACAGAGCAAAAAAACUGUGUGGCUUGAGAAAGACCCAUAUGCUGGUCGAAACGUUGCCAAAUAUAUGUGGCCUGUUACUAAUAUUCUUUGUGUUUGAUAUGUCUGGAAUGUAAUUCAAUAAUUUAUAUUGCUUUUAGGGAUUUGGACAAGAUUGAUGAACUGAUGCAGGACAUCAAUGAACAGCAAGAUGUAGCACAAGAAAUCUCUGAUGCUAUUUCUCGCCCCGUUGGUUUUGGGGAUGAAUUUGAUGAGGUAAGAUCCCAAAAAAAUUACCAAGCUAAACCCUAUUCCUCAACAUCAUUUUUUGUUGUUGUAAUUUCCAUCCUUUACUAAAUCAGGUCAAAUUUCUUUGUAUAUAGCUCUUGGUAUGCAUGGCUUUUAGAACUAUAGCAUGCUGUUUUGGAAUACUGCGGUGGAAUCACCAACAUUCUUAGUACCUUUUCUGCAUCAAGGUCUGUAAUGAUCAUUAGUUUUAGUAUUUAAAUUAACUGCUUUCUCUUCAAGCCUUAAAAAUCAAGGUAACUUCUCCUCUUAAAGUUCCGUUGUCUCAAUGCAUAUCUAUGGGCAGCAUAAAGAUGCCGAAUGUCACUACUGCAAAGGUUACAGAGCCAAGCCAGCAAGGGCCACUGAAGGUGUCAUUAGUCACAGAUGCUAACCCUGUGUUUUUCUUAGAAACCGCAGUGUUUGCAAUUGUCAGACCUCAGUCUCUUCUGCUGCUUAACGUGUCCCUUUAAGAUCAGCUGUACCUGAAGACAUCAAAGGAAGAUUUAAAAUCUCAAUAAGAAUUACAUCUAAAAUUCUACUGUUAAUAAUGAACUUCAAAAUCUCAAAUAUGCUUGUGGAAGUAUAGAGACCAAGUCAGUUAAGCGAAGAUUAGUCAAAAUGGUUGACAAAAAUAAAAAUGUUUAGAAGAGAAAAAUAGUCAAAAGAACACUCCAAACCCCUAUAUUACUUUAAGGAUUAACAGACCGCAACAUCUUUCACACUUCAUAAAAGUUCCAAGUUCUAUUUUCCACAAUAAAUAUGCACUUUUAUUAUGUGUCUGGGUUUUGCACCCUCCUGGCUGCCAAUCAGGCAUGCCUAGAGAGGUCUCCUCCUCACAGGCUUUGUGCUAUAGUGCAAACUGGAAGUGAGAGUUCAGGGUGUGAUGCUUCUCUAUGGAGGCACAGCAAGUGCAUACCACUACUAGUGGAUUGCCACUAAUCAUUUGGGACAAUGUAUUGCUAGUUAAUUUCUCUAUCCUGUAUAUAGUCACUCAUCUUUAUUAUAUUGUGGGCAGUACCAUUUGGCUUUCAGUAGGUCUCAUCAAAUUAUCUGUAUCUCAUAACCCUGUUAAAAUACAAAGAAGAACCCUGCAGAAGCCAGAAGCUGUGGGAGCCAACAUUCAUUGUCUGAGAGCAUCAGCUGACCGCUCUCAGCCAAUGAUUGUCAUUUGUUGCACAAAAUUCUGGCUCAUGACACUACUACGAUGUUGCCCAAGUGGAGUUUCACCUCCAGCAGCAGAGGGGUUUAGCUCAAAGCAAAACACUGCACAUAGAGACUCCAGGAACCAUGACCACUUCAAAUCACCGAAGUGGUUAUGGUGCUUGGAAUAACCGUUGAUUUUGAUAUAAUAUUCUUCUGCACAUCUUUCAUAUUUUUUUCAGGAUGAAUUGUUGGAAGAAUUAGAAGAACUGGAGCAGGAGGAGCUCAACAGCCACUUGGCCAACGUAACUCUUCCAAGCGUGCCUUCCACAAAACUGCCAUCCAGGCCAGGUAAAUAGAUUUCCUUUUCCUGUGCAAUAUUAGUAAUAGUUUGUUAAGUCUGUUACGUCUGCCUUCUCAUUCCUGAAACUCUCAAGGUUAUCCAUUAAAGUGAGAAUUCAAACUGAAUUUCAAAUUUUAGACCAAAAUGACAUAACUGGAAGUGUAGCUGGCUAUGAGAAUUUUGCCAUAUAAGCAGUUUUCGCCUUAAAUUUGAAAUUCACUUUGAAUUCUCAACUUAGUGAAUAACUCUGUCUGUGAUACACUGUGCUAUUAAUUUAUUGGAAUGAGCAGGGCUAAUAGAUGAGGCUGUUAUGGUGACAAACAGCUUAUAUCUGUAAACAGAUAGACUCCCCGUCCAACAGAACUAAAGAGUGAAUUCAUACCUCCUAACUCCGGUGUCCAGAGAAUCGGGACUAGUGGAAGGGAGUAAAGAGGGCAAUGCCAGUGAUGAUUGUGUCACUCGCUCUCCUCUGAAAGGGGGCAGAUCAGCCUGAUUUACAGGGAGGUCAGCCUGGCGUGAGUGCGUACUAAGCUUCCGGUCCAUCAUCUAGGUCCGCCCACUGAAGGCAGACCAUGAAUGGAGCACUGUUUUUGGUGUCCUAGAGCUCUGAACAUAGCACAAGCCUGCCUACGGAUGUGCUUGCACUAUGCUUGUUGGGGACAGUUCCAGGUCCUGAAAAUUGGACCCUCUGGGAGGCCUGUAAAUUGGAUGCUUGUCUUAUUGUCUGCUAGUAUUCUAACUGAGAAUGUAUGUAUAUGACUCACUGCAAUCAUUGCAUGGUAUGGAAAAACCUACUGGAAUUUCAAGGAAACAGGAAGUUGCUCAUUAUGAAAUCCUGAGUCCCAACAAAUCCAAUCAUAUUUAAUAAGAAAAUUUAGGCGUUCUCUAAUUGUAUUGUUACUGCAAUAAUACCUUUUGAAUACAAAUACAACUAUUCAUUCAUCAACAUCACAGUUUACUGUUUAAUGAGCAAACACUUGUACUUAUUCACUGAAAACAAAAUGGUUGUGUUUAUAAACCAAAUUGCAAAAUGUAGGCUACAGUAGCCAAACUGUAACUAUGAUGAGUUAGAAAAUUCUUCCAAAUCAGCUUAAUUGGCUUACAUUGCACAGUUUGGUUUUUAAUUUAAAAUAAUUCAAUGUUUAUUGAAUAAACACUCCAAUAUGAGCUGUAUAUGAUCAUCAUAAAUUGGUACAGGAGCUUACUCAUGCUAAUGUGAAAUUAAAAUUUAAGAAUGAGAUGUAUAAAAGUGUCACUAGGAUAAAAGCAGUGCACUUUUGAAAUUUCUCAAAACUGAUCACUCACCAUUGUAACCAAUAAAAUCAGCAGUUUCAUUAUUUAUUUAUAAAAUAUUUUACCAGGAAAGAUACAUUGAGAUUUCUCUCGUUUUCAAGUAUGUCCUGGGUCCACAAAUCAUUGCAUUGAUACAUUAGGGUACAAUAAAAUACAAAAACUAGACAAAAUUUAACAUAGAACAGGUAGGAAAUAUAUAAUCAACCAUAACAUGUGCAUUCUGUUUUGAGGUAUGUAGAGAGGGAUCUCUUAAAGGACUUUAGGCUUGGGGAAGAUUUUAAAGUGUGCGGGAGGUCAUUCCAUAAAUGCGGUGCUCUGUAGGAAAAGGAGGAUCAGGCCGCUUUCUUUUCGUAUUGAGGUAGACUAAAUAAAGUGCUAGUACUGGUUCGGAGGUUAUAGGAGGUGGGAACAGCCGAGGAGAGCAUUCUGCUCAGGUAGGGCGGGAGCUUCCCAGAAAAGCUCUUAAACACAAGGAUGGAAAGAUGAAGGGUGCAUCUGGAUUCCAGCACAUUUUAGCAUGUCACAAUGGUGGGUCCUGUAAUUACAUUGUAGCGCAAAUCGGCAGAACGUGUUAUGCAAUGUAUUGAGUUUAUUAAUGUGGGAUUGCGGUGCAGAUGCAAAUACUACAUCCCCAUAAUCAAUGAUUGGCAUCAGCAUUUGCUCUACAAUCUUUUCCUUUACUGUAGGGCUUAGGCAGGAUUUGUUUCUGUGCAGGGCACCUAGUUUUGGAUAAAGUUUAGAUGCAAGUUUUUCUAUGUGGAGGCCAAAAGAUAGAUUGGGGUCUAACAACAUACCCAAGUAUUUGAAAGAGUGGACUGCGGUCCGUGUGCUAUUUGAAUUUGUUUUGAUGGAUAGGUGGGAAUUGUGUGAUUUAGGUACUGUUCCAAAGAUCAUUGUACCUCAAUACUUUAUGGAAUUGUCAACAUAAAUAACUAUGCCUCCUCCUCUCUUUACUCUGUCAUUUCUAAAACAUGAAUAACCCUGUAUUGCAAUGGCGGAAUCUGGUGUUUAGUUGUUAACCAUGAUUCAGAGAGCACAAUGAUUUUUGGUUUGUAAUGGGAACACGAGGCUUGCAGUGCAUCCAUUUUAGGGAGUAAGCUACGGAUGUUGCAGUGCACAAAAUUGAGGCAUUUUUUAGUAGGGAGAUUAAGACUAGAAUUAGCUUGGGGACCAGGGUUAGACUCCACAUCAUUUGGAAGGGCAAGUAACAUAAGGAAUAGGAAUUUGGACAUCAUUUUUGUUUGGCCAUAUAGUGAAUGGGGGAGGGGAUGGUGUAGGAGGGCUAUUGUUUAUAACUCUCCACCAGCACUCAGCAGAUAAGUUACAGGAACAGAGCAGGCCAUGAGGUAUGGUUUGUUUUCCAGUUUGAGGUGCGUGCUUAUGCUGGUAGUGAUGUGAACAAAAUUGGAGUGAGAAAAAGGUUAUUAAGAAUAACAGUAUGGCUAUAUUUGGAUUCAUGUUAGUGGUAUGAGGUGUGUAGAUGAAAACGAAACACAAAUAGUGAAAAACAAAAAUUAAAAAUUAAAUCAAAGUAUAUAAUAUUGGUGUGUGAUAUAUAGCUAUUUGUAGGGAGAGAGGGGAUGUAAUCUAUAGGGUUAAGAGAUUGGAAGGAUGUGCUGAUCAGUGUUUGCUCCUGUCAUUUCAGGAAAUUGAAAGUUGUGUGGGAUACUAUCUAUAAAUAAGGAAAUGAGCACGGGGUAUGGUGGGAGGGGAAUCAGUCUUCCAGAAGGCGACCUGAUUUAUAGGGCAGUGAAACAGCUGAUGGAGCUCUGGGUUCAGAGGCGGCUAUCUAAUCAGGUGGUUUAGGCGGCCGCCUAAGGCCUCGCACUGGCUGGGGCCUCGCGGCCGCCUAAACCGCCUGAUGGCAGACUGUGUCAGGUCCUCGGUCAGUGACCGAGGACCUGACACCAGGAGGGGGCCCGGUGGCUUGCCCAGGUGCGAGGCCCCUCCUGGCUGCCCGGCCAGCCACCGCAGACACCGGUCUGCAGCUCCGCAAUGAGCAGAGCUGCAGACCAUGUGUCUCGCGAGAAUUAGCCAAUUAGAGCGUUGCCGCGGGUUACCACGGCAACGCUCUGAAAUCUUGCGAGAUUACACUGUCUGCAGCUCUGCGGAGCUCAGCCUCACUAGCCUCAGCCUCACUACCCCCACCACCACCCUCAGCCUCACUACCCCCCCAACCACCCUCAGCCUCACUACCCCCCCAACCACCCUUAGCCUCACUACCCCCAGCCACCCCUUAGCCCCCACUCAGCCACCCCUCCAAUCACCACCCCCACACCACCCCUCAGCAUCACCACCCCCCCAGCCUCCCCACUACUCCCCCACACCACCCCCAGCCUCACUACCCCCCACACCACCCCCAGCAUUGUUCCCCCAACCGGCCACUUUAGCUAAAGGGUUACAAAUCCCAGGCGUCCGGGCGAAAUUUAGAGUCACAAUGGCGACCUGGCUCCUGGGAUUUGUCGAGUCUGCUCUAAAGCAAUAUUUGCCUCUUGGGAAUAACUAAAUAUAUAGAAUAUAAGCAUAUAUUGUUUUUCUACAAGGCUUUUAUUUAGAGAAAUUGUUAAAGCAGCAUGGUCACCCCCUUCCUAAACAAUGAGUAUUGAUGAAAGUAUUUAUGAAAUACUCAUUUUGACUAUGUUGGAAUUUCCCUGAAAUUUCAAACUAGUCAAGUGAUAUACAGAGACAAAGUAGGGACGGCUGAAGGGAAUUGACUAUUUUUAUGGAGGAAACAGAAAGGGGGCAGGCUGCCUGAAUUACUGGCAGGUCACCCUGGCUUUAAGGCAAGCUAGGCUGCCUUCAGAUCAUGUAAGACUAGCACACUGACACAGAGAGCACUAUUUAGUGGAAACUAUGCUUCUAACGGUGUCUCUAGGAACAUUCAGUGCCUUCAUUAUCUUCUUGUAUCCUGUUCCUUGUUUGUGAGGCGCAAUAAUCUCUUCUCUUAACUUUGUGAACCAUUCUUUUGCCAUAUUUCUAACAUGCAGUCAAACGCGACACUCAACAAACCCAUAGCCAGUUCAGGUAUUCCAAGUGUUCCAGCUCAAGAACAUCUGCUACACCUGAUGAAGUCCUUGAUUAGUUGCAUUAGGUGUGCUUGAGACAACACCUGUUUUGCAUAUUUGUGCUGCUGUGAGGGAUUCUACUUUAUGUUAAGUGAUUACUGCAUAUUUGCUGUGUUAGGAUAUACAUAAUUUUGUACUAGGAGGUUAAUGUUUAUAGAUCUAAUGUUGUAGGGUGUGUGCCAUUUAUACUAAAGCACUGUUAUAGAAAGUAGCAUGACUCAGCCACUACAUCAGCAUAAAUAGGGAGCUAGUUAGAUUUAAUUUCAUUAAAGUUUGACCACACCUGUUUUUAUCCAAAGCUCAAUAAAAACAAUUACAUGCAUCGGAAAAGCAAGUACAAGCUGCAGGCAAUUAAUAUAUUAUAUUAUUUAAUGGUGCUAAAAAUAGGUAACAGAACUUUAAUGGUGAUCUUGAUUGGAUAGAUUACUCAAAUUUAGGUGCCUGAGUUCUGGUCACACUGAAAUGGAUUGAGAAUUAUUGAACUGUAUUUAAUGAUUAUAAACUGGAGUUUAACCUUGGCAGAGACUGGAGAGACCUGCUGGAAUCCUAGUGCAGUUGCAUCGGCUGCACUAACUGUAGUUCCAUACCUGCAAAAAGGUCUUACCCCUGAUAUUUCUGCACCUUCUUGAUGAAAUGUAAUUCCUUUAACCCCUUAAGGACCGAGGACGGUUCAGGACCGUCAUCGGCAUUUUUGCGUUGCCGACCGAUGACGGUCCCGAACCGUCCUAACGGUCUUAGUUACUUACCUGAUCGCCGUCGUUCCCCCGGCGGCGAUCAGCGUGGCUCCGGUUGUGGGGAGACUGCCUGCAGCCCAGACAGUCUCCCCACACUGGAAUAGGACCCCUUAACACAGCGAUCACAUGGUCACAAUAGAUGUCCAUAGUGCUGCCUGCAGGGGGACUGUCUGUGCUGACAGGCAGUCUCCCUGCUAGUGUAAAAUCAGGAAAAAAAAUAAAGUUAAUGUUAAUUAAAAAUAAAUAAAUAAUUAUAUAUGUGUAUAUAUGAUAUAUAGACAUAUAUUAUAUCUAUAUAAUAUAUGUCUAUAUAUCAUAUAUAUAUAAUGCCAUACAAAGUGUAUUUUUAUAUUAAUAUGUACUUAUAUUAAUAUAAAAAUACACUUAUAAUUAAAUUACACACGUGUAUAUAUAUAUAUAUAUAAUAUAUAUAUAAUAACUAUAUAUAUUGUAUAUAUAUAGUAUUAUAAAAUAUAAAUAAUAAGUAAUUUAAAUUAAAUAAUUUUUUUUUAAAUAAUAAUAAAAAAUUAAAAAAAAAUUAUAGCUAUAUGAAAUUUUAUUCUAACUGUAUUUUAAAAUUAAUAUACAUAUAUUUAUAUCAAAAUACACUUAGAAUGAAUUUGUAUAUAUAUCUAUGUAUAUAAAAAUAAAUAAAAAUAAUAAGAAAUAUACAUACGUCCAUAUACAAAAUUACAUAAAUAAUUAUAUAAAUAUACACGUAGACUUCAAAUAUAUAAAUAUGCAUAUAUAUUUAAAUUCUACGUGCGUAUUUAUAUAAUAUUUUUACAUAAUUCAGUAAUUUUAUUGAUUACAAUUUGAGGGACCUGCCUGCCAACCCAGGCCGAAAUUCCAGAGAAUUUAAUUUGCUAGCACUGUAUUUUACCCUGUAACGUUCUACGACACCCUAAAACCUGUACAUGGGGGGUACUGUUUUACUCGGGAGACUUCGCUGAACACAAAUAUUAGUGAUUCAAAACAGUAAAACAUAUCACAGCGAUGAUAUUGUCAGUGAAAGUUACUUUUUUGCAUUUUUCACACACAAACAGCACUUUUACUGAUGAUAUAAUUGUUGUGAUACGUUUUCCAGUUUUUAAACACUAAUAUUUGUGUUCAGCGAUGUCUCCCGAGUAAAACAGUACCCCCCAUGUACAGGUUUUAUAGCAUUUUUGAAAGUUACAAGGUCAAAUAUAUGGGUCAACUAUUUUUACAUUGAAAAUGGCCAGGUUGGUUACGUUGCCUUUGAGAGCGUAUGGUAGCCCAGGAAUGAGAAUUACCCCCAUGAUGGGAUACCAUUUGCAAAAGAAGACAACCCAAGGUAUUGCAAAUGGGGUAUGUCCAGUCUUUUUUAGUAACCACUUAGUCACAAACACUGGCCAAAAUUAGCGUUGAAUUUAGUUUUUUUACUUUUUUCACACACAAACAAAUAUGAAUGCUUACUUUGACCAGUGUUUUCGACUAAGUGGCUACUAAAAAAAGACUGGACAUACCCCAUAUUGAAUACCCUGGGUUGUCUACUUUAAAAAAUAUAUGUAUAUGUGGGGUGUUAUUCAGAGCUUUAUGACAGAUAAUAGUGUUACAAUGUCACUAUUGAUAAAUUUAAAAAAUUUAUGUUUUGAAACCGCAAUAUUCUACUUGUACCUAUAGCCCUAUAACAUGCAAAAAAAAGCAAAAAAGCAUGUAAACACGGGGUAUUUUUAAACUCAGGACAAAAUUUUGAAUCUAUUUAGCAGUUUUUUUCAUUCGCUUUUGUAGAUGAGUAAAAGAUUUUUCAAGUAAAAGUCAAAAAACAUGUAUUUUUUUCAAUUUUUCAUCAGAUUUUUGUAUUUUUUUUAAAUUAAAAUACAUGAGAUUAUAUAAAUAAUGGUAUGUAAAGAAAGCCCCUUUUGUCCUGAAAAAAACAAUAUAUAAUUUGUAUGGGAACAGUAAAUGAGAAAGCGGAAAAUUACAGCCAAACACAAACACCACAAAAGUGUAAAAAUAUGCCUGGUCGCAAAUGUACAACAUCGCAAAAACAGUCCAGUCCUUAAGGGGUUAAAAAUGUAGAAAAAAAUAAACACCUUAGAAAUAUGUUUUAUUCCACCCAUCUAUCUCAAAAAAGUAAACCAGUAAAAGCUACACCAUCAAGACUUGAGAGAAAGGUUUACUUCUCCCUAACCCCUAGAUUUUCUUGAAGGGGCGAUGAUGAUAUUCUUUCUAUUGAUCUCUGAAGUAAAAAAGGUUGAUACUGCAGCUCAUGAUAGCCGUUCCAUUUACUCAAGUUGGUAGUGAAAUACAACCUUUACUUGAAAGCCCACGUCUUUACACCAGCAUUGCCUUCUUGGGUAUCUGCCUUCUUUGAUCAAACCAUAAAGCAAGUCAUUUAUCUCCCAGUUUGAUAUUUUACUCAACAAAUGCCUUAUUCUCUUGCAGCAUCAUCGCGGAAGAGAGUGGAAGAGGAUGACGAUGGCAUGCAGAUGCUUGCGGCAUGGGCAACAUAAAUCCUGUGAUUUCGGUCACCCAAGUUUAAAACUUGUACAGAUAUUUUAAAGCUGGUAAUUUGCAUUUAGGUGUCUAUUCACUAAACAGACAAGGUUAUUCAUCAAAGUGUGAAUGUCAGUAUGAAUUUUUGUCAGUGUGAAUUUUUCCAAAUUGGUUAUUUAUGGCCUUUAAUUUAAAGUUCACUUGUUAUUCCGUUUUCAAUUCUCGACAGUUCAGAGAGUGUUCUGGUGAGUUGAGAAUCAAACUUUUCAAAGUUUGUUCUCAAAACAUCCAAAUUUGCUGUUUGUAGACUGAUAUCCGAAGCAGCAAUAUUUAUUGAUGAGGUCGUCUUUUUCUAGAGAACACGAACUGUGAGAAUUGUUGGAAAUUCAACAUGAAAUUUCAAAAUAAUCGAAUUAGAACAAUUCGCCAAGUCAAUUCUGUUUUCAACUUGACUGUUUUAGCCUUUAUUCUGAAAUCCACUUUAUUCUCACUUUAUUGAAUAACAGUGUAACUAUUGUUCAUUCACUUGAUAGAGACAUUUUGAGGUUCUGCAGUGAGUGAAAUUCAGUUUUCACUAAUGAAAAUUCUCGCAUUGAACUUUUGUUUUCUACAAAGCUGCAAACCAAAUUAAACACACCCUGACUUGUAUAUUACUGUGUUCCUUUGUCAUUUGUUAAUAGAAAUGAUUAUCUGCAGUAUGGUUUAGCAAUGCUGCUUUGCUUGCAUUAUCUUAUGUAACAAUUAAGUAAGCACACAUCCUGUUUAUAUUGCUACUCUAUUUAAUGUGUUUUACCUAAAUAUUGUUUGGAAGAGGUUUGUUAAAAUAUAUAAUAUUUUGGAAGCCUCUGGAGAAAUGGCUUGUGUUUUCAAUAAAAAAAAUAAAUAAAAAAAUUGCAGACAGAUUUUCAGGAUGGCUUAUUAUUACAUCACCACGAAUGGAAAAUAUUAAUCCGUGAACCGAAAUGACUUUGUCAUAAUUUGUAUAAAAUCUUUCUUUACAUUGAUGACACGUGUGGUGUUACAAUUUCUAAAGUAGCAGAGUCUGCUUUGGCAAGGGGUCUGUUAAAUGUUUUAUUUUAUUUUUUUAAAUGCAGACUUCAUCUUUAUUAUGCUACAGCGGCAGUCUAUUUAACAUGCACCUGUCAUGUGGUUAAGUUUUGUAGAGCAGUGCUGCUCAACCUUUUCUCACCCAG